GGCGAAGCGGCGUGCGUCAGCACCACGUUUGCAUCCGCUCCCACCACCCCCGCCGAGAUGUACGAUGCCAUCUACGCAUCACCCACAUGUGCUGCGCACCCAUCGUCUUCAACAUCCUCCUCAACCCCAAGCCGCACGAGCACCGCCGCCUCUCCGUUCCGGCGGCACUCCUCCCCCCGCCCGCGCUCCGGGAGAGGAUCGAAGGGGCUGAGGGAUUUUCUAUGUUGAAAUUGAUUUGGGGGGAAAUGACUGAUGUGUGAAGUGAAAAUGACGAGGAUAAAAAAGUAAUCUCAACUCCAAUUCUGGAUGUCAGCACCGCUUCAAGAAAUAAAAACCACCUCCGGAAGAAGAUUUGAAAUUGAGCAUUUCUGAAGUGAACAGUGCGGGCCCUGUGAGUUUUGUAGGGCUCGCUUGAAAUGAACGAAGGAAUAUGAACAACAAAAUUACUCUAGAAUUAACCCUAUUUCUUGGUAUAUCUAAGAAAGUGAACGGGUCCUAAAAAUAAUUAUUACGAAGACUCAACAUAAAAAGAAUUGGGAAUAAAUUAUGCAUAUGCAUAAAUCUGGCAAGGGAUUUAAGGAGCAGUUAAGUGUGUUUGUGAUUAGAAUUUAUAUGCAUAAUUUGUGAAGUUUAUUCCCUUUUAAUUUCAGUUUUUGUAAUAAUACGAAUACUUAUUUUUUAAUAGUGAAUACAUGCUUAUAAACAAGCGGGAAAAUACUGAAUUUGAAAUUGAAAUUGGCCCAAAUUUAUCACAAACCCUAGUUUCUCUUCGUGAAAAAAGAUGGGUAAUCAGCCUAUCACGCCGGUGGAGUCCCAAUCGGAAUCCAACGAAGAAGAUGAAGAAGGAUUUUCCGAUGAAGUUUCCGACUCUGAAGUCGAACAGACCCAGACACGGAUCACGACGCAAAAGAAAUCAAAUCCUCAGAUGUCCGCCAUAUCAUCGCCGCAGCGGCAGGCCCCUUCCGCCGCGGGGACGGAGGCCUGGGAGAAAAAGUCCGAUCUCCUCCAGAGACUGUGGAGCCAGGAGGAUGAGAUCGUCAUCUUGAAGGGGAUGAUCGAUUACACGUCUAAGCACGAAUCCGACCCGAUUUCGUAUUUGAACGCCUUUCACGAUUUUACCAAGAAAAAUGCUAGCAGGAGUCAGCUACAGGAAAAGAUUGAGAGAAUGAAGAAGGAAUACAAAAACAGCAAGAUAACCUUCUCGAAGCCUCACGAGAAGCAGAGUGCUUGCAAUUUGUCGAAAACAAUACAGGGGAAUGAAGAAAAGGGGCGCGCAAAAGUGAUGAGAGCUAAAGGUAGUGUGGCGACGAUGGAGGGGAGGAUGUUGAUGUAUGGUGAAGAGGCAUUUGAGUCGGGGCAAGGGGCGGCGUGGGAGAAGGAGUGGAACGAGCUGAGAUCGGAGGAGCUGCGGCUUCACCUCAAACAGAUGGAGGUUAGAGUAGCUCAGACCAAGCUUGUUUUAGGAGCUUUGGAUCACUAAACUUAUGACUAUGUUCCAUCUUACCAUUUUAAUAUUCUUGUAAGUUAGGAUGAUUGAUAGUAAUGUAUUAAGACUGUAAUAAAAGUAUGCUAACAAAGACUUGAUGAGUGAUUA